AUGGAGGUCGAUCCUCUCGCAUCUCACCCGCCGCUGCCAACGCGGUUCAACUCGAUUCCUCGCCAGCCGCUCAAGCGGGACCUGUCGACUAGAAGCCAGAGGAUACAAAAGCCCGGCGCAUUGCGAGAUUCGAGGGCUAGAAGGUCGCCGCCACGGCCACUAGGAAGGGAACUGGACAAGAAUGCAAAAACGAAAGUACGUCUAUCGCCGGUCGCGACGGUGAAGCCGCUACUGCCCGCGGGCGAAAGAAGGCCGGCUGGAGAAGAUGGCAAGGCCGGGAAGGCAAAGAAGGAGCCCGAUGGCGAGAAAUGGGACAUUGCGCCAGAUGGUGGCUCUGCUGGCCGAGAGGGAAGACAGUUCACUGUUGCCAAUGUGGGCAACAAUGGCAAGAUAUACUUAAGGCCUACCGUUCGCCCGGCGAACCAGCGGUAUCCCCAGCCACACUUCGUGUUUCCCGUCACUCCACCAAGUACAGCUGGCUUAGACGCCCUUGCAAGCCCCAUGGAGGACAGGGACGAGAUCAGCGAGCUUCACGGCAGUCAAUGGACCCCUACUCCGCUGACCGCUCCCUCGUCACCCGAUGCGACAAGAGGCAACCCUUUUCUAAACCCCGGAAAGUUCCCUUCGAGACCUCGCCAGCGCCGCGCAAUGUCGGACUCUACGGUGCAGGACGUAAGCAUCGCCCACGAAUCCGAUGCUGGCGGCUUCAAGGUUGUCAUAUCGAAGCCGCAAGACGAUAACAAAGCCAAGACAACCGAGGAUAUCGACCCAAAUGGCCCGCCAAUGCUCCAGGUGAAUAUUCCGUCAUGGAAGCUGGGAAACCCGCGCUUUACCCUUCGAGGAACACCGUUGAUCCGGGGCUCCUCCUACGCACCGACUGAAGAGAUCCGUUCCAGCGAUCUUUCCUUCUUCCAACGGUCUCAAAGAGGAGGCCUUGACUUGAACUCGCUCCAUCCCGAGACCGCAAGUACAAGAAAACCGAGCCCAAUAGCGACGCACCAUAUCAGGUUUCCUGCGCCUCAACUCCACAGUCCAUCAUCUCCGCGGUUUCCAGGCCCGGCCCGGGCGACUUAUGUCUCGACGCAUCUGGUGAUCGAACCCGCCAUGUUCGACUCGCUUACCUCCAAACCUGCUUCCGAUGACAGGUCUUUUGUUCGUUACUCAUCAACCACGGGCGCCGUCACAGCGGCAACGCCACCCCGGCUUGUUGCGGAGAUCACUUCGCCUAGUUUCCUGGACUACGAGCUGAUCUCGGACUUCUUUCUCACUUUCCGCUCUUUCCUGGAGGCAACGGACUUACUUCGCAUGCUGGUCGCAAGGCUUCGCUGGGCAGUAGCUCGUGACGACGAGAUUGGGAUGAUUGUAAGGGUGAGGACUUUCGUUGCCGUCAGACACUGGGUCUUGAACUAUUUUGUGGACGACUUCGUGGUCGAUUACAACCUCCGAGUGACCUUCUGCAACCUGCUCAACGACUUCGUGGAUGAGCUGGCACAUGAUGCUCAGGGGCGCAAGGUGCAACUCAAGAUUUUAGCCGAGCUCAAGAAAUGCUGGCGGCGCGUCUGCUCACAGUACUGGGAUGGUGCCGAAUUCGAUGCUAAUCUAGGUCCUGAAGUCCCCCUUGCGCCUGGUGGGAUUGCUGGUCACCGCAAUCCGAGUCUGGACCCAAGCAUUUGGGAGAAGGAUAGCAAUGAAUUACCAAAGCUCGACUUUGACUUUGGUGACAGCGAGCCUCACGUUGAGACCAGUUUCUAUCACGAAGUAGACCAGGCUGGGCAUAUCGAUUCUACUAUAAACGGCGAAGAGCGACCUAGCACACCCCGGCACCGGCCGACUGAAUCUCAGGCUACUCAGAACUUCAGGCGUCACGCGAUAUCGCCAACUAGCAUCGCUAGUGUAGACGUGGUUUCAUGCUCAUUCCCGACUAAAGGCUUCCGAAUGGCAGAUUCAUCGUCCACACAUCCACUUGCAGCACACCCGGUGGAGCCCAGCUCAGUAUACACGGGCGCAGACCCUAUUGCCCCGACGCCUCGUGCUCUUGCUGGCAAGCGUGUCAGGGCCCAGCCGUCGCACAGGCGCAACAACAGCACCAGCGAUUCCCUACGAGAACAUGCAUCGACAACAGAGAAGGUUCUCUACAAGAAUGCAGAAUUCCUGCUUACGCUGCCGUAUGCUGGAAGCCUUGUACGAGGCAACUUACUUCCUCCUGGUCAGGCCUUGGUUGAACUGAUGCCGCCAACAUCAUCGACGGCCAGUAGAGAGACUACCAUCUUCCAACCCCGACCAGCAGAAAUCCAAAACAUCAAGGGAGGUUCGGCAAUGUCCGGACCAGGAAUGAAGAAACUCCUUGGCAGCGUGCGCAGAGCGCUUAGCCAUCGCGGCCAAGGACCUCCCCAGGGCAGCUUCCUGAAUAUUGCCCCGAUCGGCCCCCGUGGCGUUACCACGAAUCGGAUUCCCGGAACAGCAAUCGUUCCUCAAGCUCGCCCAUCGCGCCCGAAUGGCUAUCGGCCCGCUGUGAGGAUCGAUGUACUGGGGGCAGAGAUCGCAGAGGACUUCAAGAAAGCCGUGCGCGAAGAUGCUGCUGCUGAGUCAAGCCAGAAUGAUAUCCCCACAAAGUUGACAACAGACAAUAUCGAAUACUCGGCAGCCCACUUAGAUUCCUCCUUCGACUUGCAACCCGAAGCGGACUUUCGACCUAUGAGCUCGGCAGGUAUUACACAAGGCAGCAAGUCCAUCGUUAUUGUUGAUGGCACUCUUCCGCCGAAUGUCCCCACCAUGACAGGUGCUUUGCCAGCUAUGACGGCACUGAACGCAUCGGUCGAAGCGUUUGCUGAUAGCUUCUUGCCCGGCGGCGGUGUCGACCCUACGCCACCAAACACGCCUCCAAGUCAACAAGCUGGCACAGAUGUGCCGAGGCGAUCAUCUUACAUACUCAGCCAGCAUGUCGUCCAGCCGUCGUUGGUUGAGGAACCGCUACCUCCUUUCAUCCCAGACUUAGCAACUCUUGCGCCAGUGAGGCAGUCAGAGGUUGCAACCACGGACCCUCGGCCUUCAAUAGAUCGCCCGUCGUUAGACCUCGUGAAGCAGCCCUCGAGAAGGCCGCCCUUGUCAAGCAUGCGCUAUCAAGGCCACAGGAGACAACAAUCAAGCCGCAGCUACCGGUCCAAUCGAUCAACACUACACCGGCGAUGGGCUUCGAUCAACAGUGCUUUCCCGCAGUCGACAAUUAGGAGUUUCGAUGCCACGACCUAUUCGAGGGGCUCGCUUGCGUCGGAGAUAAUGCCUCCCCCUCUGAGAGUCCUUCGCAGACGUCCCGGAGGGGAUCUCAGAGGUACGCAGAACGUUACUGAUCUCGAUGCCUUGCCGUUGCAUAGAUCGCGGUCGGCAGGCUCGCUCACGACGUACUCUGAGUCUUUGAGAAGCUCGUACCUCCGAAGCCCAGUCCGAGACUCCGAUGGCUAUGUAGAUGUCGUUAGCAGUGAUUACUCGCAUAACCGCGGCGAGGUAUUCUCCCUGGGCGCCAUGGCCGAGAAAAAGCCACAACGUCAGCUGUCCUUGUUCAGCACGCAUUCGUCCAAGCCUGUCAUGCGGCCGUCGUUCGAAGCGGAAGCGCAGAAGCUCGCUCAGAUCCCUGACGACAUUGACGACGAUGGCGGCAUCGAAUCGGCAUUGGCUAAGCUAGAAGGAACCUUUGAGAGACGAAGGCUUACAAUGGAACCGCGGCGCGUGCAGACACCGACGAUUGAAGAAGUUCGGCCGGAGUCCACGACCGGCACCGAGGUAGAUCAUCAGACGCCAGAGAAAAAGAAGCAUCGACACCAGCACGUCGGCGACGAAGACGUUCUGCCGCUCUCGCCAACACAUACAAUCCAAGCUGAAUCGAUUGUCACGCUCGGUAUUCCUCGGAGCACGGACGUAAUGUCCUUCUUAUCUGACGGAUCCAGAGACUCUUGCAGAGAGUCCUACAACUCGAUUCCUCUGCUCGAGAGAGGAUUGACGGAUGACGGCCGCAGCAAGACCGACACCUUCCAGUGGACCAAUCAAUCAGUGCUUCGAGACGCGGAUGAUGCCUCUCCCGCCGUAGAGUUUCCCGAUUCGUUCUCUGCGCAUCCAUCCUACGAAGUUAUCAUGAAGACAAAAAGCCUCGAGAAGUUACGGCCUGGCGAGGAAACCCCCAAACAUGCAUCCAAGCCGAGCGAAGAGCAGUCAUUCCUCGAUGUCGAUAGCGACAAGGACUCUGAUCUGUCAUCCGAGUUAUCGCUCGAGGUUGUGGAAUCAGAAGACUUUGGCGCCAAGUCGGACGAGACCACAAAACGACCUGGUGAUAUCAACACUGAUAUUCCGGUGAACAUUAGUGCUGAAGCGCAUCGGACUUCGGAAGGCGACGGCCCGCCAUCUCCUCCAUUGACUCUGGCACAAGCACUCCGGAUGUCUCCACAACCAGCAACUCGGGUACCUGAACUGCACGAGUUCCAAGUGUGGUCGCAGAAGCCAUUACCCCCAACACCGGAUACCACUCCCACAGUUGCUUUGUACCAUCAGCAUCUGGCUUGUCCCGACGAUCCCACGGGAACCCAAGAGGCGCUCCGUGGCGCACCGUCAAUUGAUGAGCCAUCGCGGAAGGUCUCGGUGCAUCUGCCCUUCAUCUUGGCGUUUGACUCUGAUAUCCUUGCACAGCAGUUUACGUUGAUCGAGAAGGACGCCUUGAACGAGAUUGACUGGAAGGAGCUUAUCGACAUGCGUUGGAAGAACUCGCACACGGACUCGCGAUCCUGGGUCGACUUCCUCCGCAAUAGCGACGCCCGUGGUGUCGAGGUUGUCGUUGCCCGUUUCAACAUCAUGGUCAAAUGGGUGAUAUCAGAAAUCGUGCUCACUCAGGACGACUGCGAACGUGCUCGAUGCAUAAUCAAGUACCUCCACAUUGCUGCUCAUUGCAGAAGAUAUCGCAACUUUGCUACCAUGAGUCAGAUUGCGAUAGCCUUGACCUCCAACGAGGUCGCAAGGCUGAGUCGGACGUGGAGCAUGCUCACACCGCAGGAUGUCAUGCUCAUGGAGGACCUAGAAACCCUUGUUUCCCCGACCAAGAACUUCUACAACCUCCGAGCAGAGAUGGAGGGUUGUACUCUGGAGACCGACAUCGGUUGUAUCCCAUUCGUGGGUAUAUACACGCACGACCUGCUUUUCAACUCACAGCGGCCAUCCGAGAUUGCGAGCUCGCCUACCACGCCGCCUCUUGUCAACUUUGAGCGCUGCCGUAUCGCUGCUUCGGUAGUCAAAACGCUGCUUCGCCUCCUCGAAGCCAGCACCCAUUACCGGUUCCAGCCCAUCGAAGGCAUCACCGAGCGAUGCCUCUGGAUGAGUGCCCUGAGCGACGAGGAGAUCCGACGACACUCGGAAAGCAUUGAGCCAGUGUUGGCUUGA